CCCACACUCUGCUCCUACAGCAAGAUGGAUUCUCCUCGUGCUACCCGUCGCUCUACGCGACUCGCUGCGAGCAGCCUCAACUCACCAGCAACAACAAUCUCCACCACCAAUCCAUCCUCGGCUUGCUCGACUGUGGCUGAGCCUAUUGACACCCCUCCGACUUCAGGUGACGAGUCAGAUGUUGAACUCCCUCUCCUGGCAGUGAAAGGAAAGGAGCGAGCUGCUAAACCCACAAGGCCGACAGCCAAGGGGAGAACCAACUCGCAGCAGGUUUUUGUAGAGAUCGUACGGCCUACGAAUGCUUCAGUCGGGCCCACUUCACAAGAACGUAAAGCUCCCGCGAAGGGCAAGGGAAAAGCCAGAGCAGCUCGUUCGCCUUCUCCUAUCGACGAUAAUAUAAGCGAGGUGGCCCUCGAGUACGACGAAGCGGCCGAGAUUGAAGAAUCUGAGGACAGUGGCUCAGAAUUCAUUGUGUCGGACAUUGAGAGCGUUGGGAAUGCUCUUCAGUCUGAGGGUGAUGCUGACGAGAAUCCUGACGAGGACGAUGAGAUAAUGCUUGACGCUGCCAUCCGGAUCUCGCUACAAGCCAACAAUACCGCCAGCUCUUCGUCAUCCAGGUUGAUAUCCGCAAAUCCUGCGGCUAUUUUGCGAGCAGCAGCAGCCGAAGCACGGCUGACUCGAUCUCAGCAGGGCGUCAGCGACGUCGUCGAUGAUUCUGCCAUGGAUGUUGACGAAAGUGAUCUGUCCAGUGCUCCAGAGUCGGAUGCCGAUAUACCAGCAGCGAAAAAGAAAGGAAAGGGGAAGAAGAAAGCAACCGCUCGCUCCUCACCAAAGCGGAUGACGUUAAAAGAGAUGCGGGCUGCUAGACGGAUCAGCAAGCGAGAGAAUCUCGCGGAAGAACGCGCGCUGAGGAAGGAGCUUGGGCGGCGUCUCACGCAUGCUGAGAAAUCGACCAUUGCCCUGCACAAGCACCAUCCAGAGCUCAAAAACGUGUGGGGUGAUCUUGCUUCCAAGAUACCGGUCCCUGUGCCAGAGGAAGCGCAGCAGCCUUUAAACCUGAAGUUGACAAUGCUUCCGUUCCAGCGCGAAAGUCUCCUGUGGAUGAAAAAGCAAGAGCAAGGCGUCUGGAACGGAGGGAUGCUUGCUGAUGAAAUGGGAAUGGGCAAGACCAUACAAAUGAUUGCUUUGCUAGUUUCAGACGAUGCGAAGCCGAAUCUUGUCGUCGCGCCCACUGUUGCCAUUAUGCAAUGGAAGAACGAAAUCUCGGCACACACCGACGGUCUGCGUGUCCUUGUCUGGCACGGAGCGGGCCGAGAGUCGAAAGUUAGCGAGCUGGAAAAAUUCGACGUCGUUCUCACGACCUACUCUGUACUCGAGAGCUGCUUCCGGAAGCAGGAGCUGGGCUUCAAAAGAAAGGGCCACAUCGUCAAAGAACGGUCUCCGUUGCAUGCGGCCAAAUGGGACAGAAUCAUUACUUGUUUCUGGAACAACGAGAUUCUCACCCCGAUCCAAAAACACGCCAUGGCCGGGCCUGGAGAAACUGCUUUCAAGAAACUCAAGAUUCUUUUAGAUCGGAUGAUGCUUCGACGCACCAAGUUACAACGGGCGGAUGAUCUUGGUCUUCCGCCACGUACUGUAAUCGUCCGCCGUGAUCAUUUUAGUCCCGAGGAGAAGGAGCUAUAUAUUUCCUUGUUCUCCGACGCAAAACGGCAGUUUAGCACCUAUCUAGACGAGGGCACAGUCUUGAACAAUUAUUCGAACAUCUUCAGUUUGCUUACCCGAAUGCGUCAAAUGGCAUGCCACCCGGAUCUUGUACUGAGGAGUAAGACCAGCGCAGCAAAGUUUUUCAAGGACGAAGCGGACGAGUCCACUGUGUGUCGAAUCUGCAAUGAUGUUGCCGAGGAUGCGAUUCAGUCAAAAUGUCGCCACAUUUUCGAUCGCGAGUGCAUCAAACAAUAUCUCGAUACCGCAAUGGAACAUCAGGUCGAAUUCAUUUUUGCCGCCCUUGUCUGCCAUCUUCCUCUGACAAUCGACCUCGACGCGCCUGCACUCGAGUUGGAGCAAAAUCUGCCCAAUGCGCGCCAAGGGAUCCUAGGUCGACUCAACUUGGACAAAUGGCGCUCGUCGACCAAGAUCGAGGCACUGGUUGAAGAGCUGAGCAAUCUGCGGACGAAGGAUGCCACCACGAAAAGCCUUGUCUUUUCUCAAUUUGUGAACUUCUUGGAUCUCAUUGCCUUCCGUCUGCAACGAGCCGGUUUCAAAAUCUGUCGUCUUGAGGGCACAAUGUCCCCGCAGGCCCGAGAUGCGACAAUCAAACACUUCAUGAAUAACGUCGAGGUGACGGUCUUCCUCGUCAGUCUGAAAGCGGGCGGUGUUGCUCUGAAUUUGACCGAGGCUUCGCGGGUCUAUCUGAUGGACAGUUGGUGGAAUCCUGCUGUGAGAGCUUUGCUUCGAAGUUGGUUAUUGCAGAUGAUCAACUUUUUGCAGGUUGAAUUCCAGGCUAUGGAUCGUAUCCACCGUCUGGGCCAGCGUAGGCCAGUGAAGGCAAUCAAGCUCGUCGUUGAGGAUUCUAUCGAGAGUCGUAUCGUUCAGCUGCAAGAAAAGAAGUCGGCAAUGAUCAACGCUACGCUCUCAACGGAUGAUGCAGCCAUGGGACGUUUGACACCCGGAGAUCUGUCUUUCCUGUUCCGUCUCUGAGACCUGGCGAUAUCCCAGAAGCAAGGAAGCGUGUUGACGGAUGUGACCGCAUGCAUGACCAAUACAGAUAGUAGAAAUACAGUAGACAUCAUUUGUCUUUUCCAGA